AGAUGAACAUAUAGGAACUGUUCAAAUGGUUGAAGAUAGGUAUAGAGUAGAGGAACCAAACUUUGAAGCGCAUAAAUUUUAUGAUAUGUUAGAUGCAGCAAAACAGCCGUUAUAUGAUGGUUGUAGAGAUGGUAUUUCACCUCUUUCAGAUGCAACAAGGAUGAUGUCUAUUAAAAUAGAUUAUAACUUAAGCGAAGAUUGUGUUGAUGCGAUAGCUGGUUUUGUGAAAGAUAUAUUGCCGGAAGAUAACCUUUCACCAGCUACCUAUUAUGAGAUACAAAAGUUAGUUUUAGGGUUAAGUUUGCCCUAUCAAAUGAUAGAUGUUUGCAUCGACAACUGUAUGCUAUACUGGAGAAGGGAUGUUGAUCGUACUAGUUGUCGAUUUUGUCACAAACCACGGUUUCAAAAAACAAGUCGAAAGACUAAAAUCCCGUAUAAGAGAAUGUGGUGCUUGCCAAUAACAGACCGACUAAAGAGGUUAUACCAAUCCAAACAUACCGCCGAGGCUAUGAGAUGGCAUGGUGAACACAACAGCAACGGAGAAAUUGCUCAUCCAUCAGACGCAAAAGCCUGGCAACAUUUUCAGUCAGUGUAUCCUAGUUUUGCAUCUGAGAGAAGAAAUGUUUACCUUGGAUUAAGUACGGAUGGAUUCAACCCGUUCGGAAGCCAUGGGAGACAAUAUUCUCUUUGGCCAGUUAUUGUAACACCAUACAAUUUACCUCCAUCAUUGUGCAUGAAACGAGAGUUUCUCUUUCUCACAAUUCUAGUUCCUGGUCCUGCGCAUCCUAAAAGAUCCCUUGAUGUCUAUUUGCAACCAUUGAUUCAUGAGUUGAAAAUGCUAUGGGCCGAAGGAGUUGAAGUGUAUGAUAUAUCUGCUAGGCAGAAUUUUAUAAUGCGUGCAGUGCUUAUGUGGACCAUAAGUGACUUUCCCGCAUACGGAAUGUUAUCUGGAUGGACAACACAUGGAAGAUUAGCGUGUCCCUACUGUCAAGAUAACACAGAUGCAUUUCAACUGAAGAAUGGAAGGAAGACAUGUUGGUUUGAUUGUCAUAGACGAUAUCUACCCCAUGACCAUCCGUAUCGAAAAAGCACCACUUUGUUUACUAAGAACAAAAAGGUGUUUGAUGGUCCGCCACCAGAAAUAGAUGGAAAAUCUAUCCUGACUCAACUCAGAGAUUUUGGUGUGGAAUCGACAGCUAAAUGUGGGGGAAAUGGGCAUGAUCCAGUUUAUGGAUAUGGCGAAAAUCACAACUGGCACAAGAAAAGUAUUUUUUGGAAGUUGCCGUAUUGGGAGAACCAUUUACUUAGGCAUAAUUUAGAUGUGAUGCAUAUAGAGAAGAAUAUCUUUGACAACAUCAUGAAUACCAUUCUCAAUGUCAAGGGAAAGACGAAAGACAACCUGAAGUCCAGAUUAGACUUGCCAGAUAUAUGUGCCCGAGAAUCUCUCCACGUGGAUGGGAGAGGAAAACUUCCAAUGCCUAUUUAUCGGUUAGAUGCAGCUGCAAAGCAAGAGUUUUUCGACUGGAUUAUAGAUAGCGUCAAAUUCCCAGAUGGAUAUGCGUCUAAUCUAAGGAACUGUGUUAAUCGCGAAGAAGGAAAGUUUUCUGGUUUGAAAAGUCAUGAUUGUCAUGUCAUGAUGCAGCGUCUUCUCCCAUUUUGCUUUGCUGGUCUUCUUCCAAAACAUGUACAUGAAGCAAUAGCAGGAAUAGCAGCUUUCUUUCGAGAUUUGUGCUCGAGAUCAUUAACAGCAGAUGGAAUCAGAAACUUGAAGGAAAAGAUUCCGAUAAUCCAAUGCAAUCUCGAGAAGAUUUUUCCACCUUCCUUUUUUGAUGUUAUGGAGCAUCUUCCAAUCCAUCUCGCUCGAGAAGCAGAACUUGGGGGCCCGGUUCAAUAUCGAUGGAUGUACCUGGUUGAGCGUUCUAUGUAUCAUUUCAAGCAGAAAGUGAAAAAUUUAAGCCGAGUUGAGGGUUCAAUUGUUUCACAAAGCAUCAAUGAGGAAACAUCCCAGUUCGCUGCUUACUAUUUUGCCCCCGAAGUACAAACUAAAAGUCGAAAACCAUCAAGACAUGAUGAUGGAGGGCAGAGAACAGUUUAUCCUGUCGAGGUGCCUACCAUAUUUUCCCAAAUUGGUCGAGUAAGUGGAAAAGGAAAAGGUAGAAGACUCACCGAACAAGAGCACAUGCACUUACAUAAGUACAUUUUAGCAAACUGCGAAGAAGUAAUGACAUACGAAAGGAUUUACAUGGAGCAAAUAAGGGGUGCAUAUCCUAAUUACACUGAAGAUCAGCUUUCUGCACUAAAGGAAAACGAGUUCGUAAAUUGGCUAAAAUUCUAUGUAAGGUUUCUCUUGUCCAGAGGAGAUCCUAUUCAGCCAUGGUUAGAGGAGUUGGACCUUGGUCCCAAAUUUGUUGCUGUGUCGUACCCGAUGUAUUGCACGCGUGGAUAUGCUUUUAAGAUUUUCAGCGAAAACACUACCCAGCCAACUAUAAAUCAUGGUAUAUCUGCUAGAUCUGGUGAAGUAAUCUACUAUGGUAUUUUGCAUGAGAUAUUGGAGAUUCACUAUCCGGGGAUCCUUAAUUUGAGGUGUGUUGCCUUCUUUGCUGAUUGGUACAACCCGAUCGUUGGAUAUGGUGUACGAAUUGACGAGUUCGGAGUAACAUCAGUUCAUUCCAGAAGAAGUCUUGCAAACUAUGAUCCGUUCAUUCUGGCUUCACAAGCUGAUCAAGUAACUUAUAUUCGGUAUCCUCGUGUGAGGAAUAAACAAGACCCUUGGAUCACCGUGACCCAUAUAACUCCACGGGGGAAAUUGGAAGGAGUUUCGGAUAAGGCUGCGAUGCAACAAUCCUCGAGCAAUGCCAUAGGUGAUCUUCAUGUUGAUGGCACCGAAAUCGAUCUUGUUGUUGAUUUUACUGGUGUAGGUGCCAACGAAGUAUUCUCAGAUUCGGAGUCGGAGAACGGAGAAUUCAACGAACACUCGGGUUCGUCAGCUACAAAUUCGUCUAAUUCGGAUUAA